AUCUCGGAAGCCCACUGGAGAAGUUCCGUGUGCUGGUAGCUCAGUUUCCUCUCCAUCGUCAGACUGUCUGCAGGCUUUGGACGGCUCGAGAGUCACCAGCAGCCCCGUCACCUGUCAGGAUGUUCAUGCAUUUGGAGGCUUUCUAUUACGUUUUCAUUCUCCUGGCUCACAUGAGGCCAUACUGCUGCUGGUCAGUGAAUAAUUUCCUGAUGACCGGACCCAAGGCGUACCUGAUCUACUCCAGCAGCGUGGCAGCAGGAGCUCAGAGUGGCAUAGAGGAGUGCAAAUACCAGUUUGCAUGGGACCGUUGGAACUGCCCCGAGAGGGCUCUGCAGCUGUCCACGCACAGCAGCCUGCGCAGCGCCAAUCGGGAGACUGCGUUCGUUCACGCCAUCAGUUCCGCUGGAGUCAUGUACACUUUAACCAGGAACUGCAGUCUCGGAGAAUUUGACAACUGUGGCUGUGACGACAGCCGGAACGGACAACGAGGUGGCCACGGUUGGCUCUGGGGAGGCUGCAGCGACAACGUGGGCUUCGGCGAGGCCAUCUCCAAGCAGUUUGUUGACGCGCUGGAGACCGGACAGGAUUCGCGGGCGGCCAUGAACCUCCACAACAACGAGGCGGGCCGCAAGGCCGUGAAGGGGACCAUGCAGAAGACAUGCAAGUGCCACGGGGUGUCAGGGAGCUGCACCACUCAGACCUGCUGGCUGCAGCUGCCAGAAUUCCGGGAGGUGGGGAACUACCUGAAGGAGAAGUACCACAGGGCUCUGAAGGUGGACCUCCUGCGCGGAGCGGGGAACAGCGCGGCCAGCAGGGGGGCCAUCGCCGAGACCUUCAGCUCCAUCUCCCGCAAGGAGCUGGUCCACCUGGAGGACUCCCCCGAUUACUGCCUGGAGAACCGCACGCUGGGCCUGCCGGGCACGGAGGGCCGAGAGUGCCUCAAGAAGGGCAAGAACCUGAGCAAGUGGGAGAAGCGGAGCUGCAAGAGGCUCUGCGGGGAGUGCGGGCUGGCGGUGGAGGAGCGCAAGGCCGAGAUAGUGUCGAGCUGUAACUGCAAGUUCCACUGGUGCUGCACGGUAAAGUGCGAGCAGUGCAGGAAGACAGUGACCAAGUACUUUUGCGUAAAGAAGGGCGGUCAGAGGGGGAGGAACGAGAGCGCCGGUAGCCGGAGGAAGAACCUCAGACUGAGGAAGAAGCAGUGAGUCGUACUUGUACCGCCCCUCGUUGUCAAACGUGUAGAACGUUUUAAAGACAGUGGGACGUGCACAGAGCCGCGCCAGCGUUAGAGAGGUUUGUAGAGUUUUUGGUACAAAGGUAUUUAAGAUAUAUUUUUUAUACGUUUCUUUUCACUGGGCCUUUCUCUGACUUCAAAGUUCUCCACAACACAAUUUAUUUAUUUACAUACAUACAUGUAAAGAAAAAAAGUUGUUAUUAAUACUUUUUUUUUGAUGAUCUGAGUGUUGAGAAAUGGCAAAAUUAGCUUUUAAAAUCACAAGUUUUAGGAACCCUUUGGGUUGUCGUUGUAUUGUUCAACCCUCACUGACAACUUUGAAUUUAUUUAGAAAUACUUUUAGAUUUUCGGGGUAAAGUCUCCUCUCAUCUCGCUCACCCUGACCCUUGCUGCCCUCCUGCAUGUAUUUAAUUGUACAUAAAUUGAAGCACUUUGUACUGUACAUUGUUAAUUUAUUGCACAACCUUUCCCAGUCUUCUUGUUCUUAUGUUAGUUGCCUCUGUUUUUUCUUUUCUUUUUUUGUAUUGAAUUGUAAUAACAGAAUAA